AUGUCAACCCCCACCCAACCAGCUCCGGCUCCUCCCCUCCCGCCCCAAAUGGACAUUCCAACCCUCGAAGACCUCGCCCUCGCCCACAAAGACCCCGAAACCUCCCUCCAAAAAGUCAUCCGAAAGUCCAAAGAACAACCCCUCGUCCCCCUCGGUGUCUUCGUAACCUGUUUCGCCCUCAUCGGCGCAACUCGUGGAAUCCGCAACAACAACAAAUCUCUUACAAACUUUAUGUUUAGAUUGCGUGUGGGAGCACAGGGAUUUACGAUCGUUGCCAUGCUGCUGGGAACGUUGUAUUACAAGGAUUCGAAUUAUGAACGGUAUAUAAAGCGAGGAGAGCAGGGGGCUGAGGGGGCGAACAAGGCACCAGUGAAGACGAAGGAGGAUAUGGAGAGGGAGAAGAGGGCGUUGUGGUUUUUGGCGUUGGAGGAGGAGGAGAAGAGGCUCAAGAGGCAGCAGCAGUUGGAGGAGGUCAAGAAGAAGGCCCAGGAGGUCUUUGACAAGGAGAAGAAGGAUGCUGCUGCAUAA